AUGGAGGAGCGCCUUGUACUGGCCAGUCUACUGAAGAUGAAUCAUGUAAUGGUCAAAGUUGUCCAGGUUGGUCCACCUUUUGCAUUUUUUUCUGAACUAAAUGGUGGCUGGACCGACUGGAGUGAUUGGGGCAUGUGCAGUGCUACAUGCGGGAGUGGUACGAGAUCGCGAACAAGACUAUGUACGAAUCCUUCACCUAGCAACGGAGGGGAGUCAUGUCCAAAUAAUCCAAGCGAAACCACAGUAUGCAAUGUACAAACUUGCAUACCAGGUACAUACAAUGGUAACUAUUUCGUCAGCACCAGUCAAGUGACAUGGGACGAAGCUAAGGUAGCAUGCGAGGGGAUGUCGCGACAACUGGUGAUAAUCGACAAUCAAGCGGAACAAGACUUCCUUGAAAGUGUUAUAACAAGUUUCCACCACUGGAUUGGUAUGAGAUGUCAAAAUGGUAUGAACUGUGCAUGGGUUGAUGGUAGAAAUAUGGAAAGCGGAUUUAUUAAUUGGGCCCCUGAGGAGCCGAAAGACAGGGACUGUGUUUGGAUUGGUUGGUAUGUAAACAAAUGGGAUGACGACUUCUGUGAUGUCCUUCAUGAAUUUGUUUUUGAUGGCGCCUGGUCUGCCUGGACGGACUGGGGCUCGUGCACUGUUACCUGUGGAGGAGGCACGAGAACAAGAAUGAGGACAUGCACGAAUCCGGCCCCUAGCAAUGGUGGAGCAAUUUGCCCUGACCAAUCAAUCGAAAACGAAUUAUGCAAUGGACAUGCUUGCCCAGCUAUGAAUAGACGUGAUUUUGGAAAACAAAGCCGGUGCUAUAAAAUCGUUUGA